CUCCAUCUUACAUCAAAGCACUCCUCGCACUGCAGCCCACUCCCUCAGAGAUACUAGCACUGCUCGACUGGUCCCACCAUCUGUCAGGGUGAGCAGCGUCAACGAUGACUUCAGCUACACGCUGUUGAUUUCGCUGCGGCUCGGACAAACACCUAGCCAACACGGUGGAAUGCCCGGCAGCCAAGGUAACAUGCAAAAAAUUGUAAGAAAAAAGGACAUUUUGCACGAGUCUGUAGGACUACACAAACACAUUCAGUACAUGAAGUCGCGAUGCCUGAGUAUGCAAUGCUGUUAAUUCAAGACACAAAUGUAAAUACUAAACUACAGUGUACAGUGGAAGUGCAAACGGGUGCAAUUUUGCGAUCUGUUACAUUGACUGUAGAUACUGGUGCUUCAGUUUCCGUACUGCCUAAAGCCAUUUAUGAGGAUUACUUCGGAAAAGUACCCUUACAACCACCUGCAGCGCGAUUGGUUACGUACUCGCGUACUCCAAUUGAUGUGCUAGGAUGCAUGCACGCAACUGUAAAAAAAGACUGCAAUACAUGCGCUGUGGAUUUCUACAUAGUAGAAAAAGGAACCGCAUUAAUGGGAAUGGAUCUCAUAACAGCACUACAACUAAGCAUUAAAGGGGAUACGAUUCUUUCUGAGCCUGUCACAACUGCAAAUGCCGGCUCUUCAGAGUCAGUACUUCAGCUAUCUACGCAUGCAGAAAUGUCCUCAGUUGGAUGUGUCACAGGAUUCAUGCACAAAGUGAAAAUUUCAGAUGCUGUCACGCCAGUUCGACAAAAGUUAAGGCGCCUGCCUUUUUCAGUGAGAACAGCUGUGUCUGUGGAAAUUGAGAGACUCCUUUCUGCCGGUAUAAUAGAACGCAUUGAUGCAUCACCAUGGGUUUCACCAAUAGUGGUGACAAUGAAGAAGACAGGUGGCAUAAGAAUGUGCAUGGAUUUGAGAGAGCCGAAUAAGGCAGUGAUAAUAGACUAUUACGCCUUGCCUCAUAUGGAAGAAUUACUGACUGCUUUAGCAGGGUCCACAGUCUUUUCCACAAUUGAUCUUGAGAGUGCGUACCACCAAGUACCUUUGCAUCCAGAGAGUCGUGAUCUAACAGCUUUCAUUACACAUGAUGGACUGUUUAGAUUUUGUAGAGUACCAUAUGGCCUAGCUUCAGCACCAUCAGUGUUUCAAAAAAUGAUGGAGUGCAUACUUAAAGGCAUACCAAAUGUGCAGAACUAUCUUGAUGAUGUCAUUUGCUUUAGACGCACUGAAUCUGAACACGAUGCUGUGCUUAACACAGUGCUGAAAAGAUUGCAUGUAGCUGGAUUAUGACUAAA